UAAGUGUGUAGUUACUUACAACAGACGAGGACGCUAAAAAGGGUUAAGAAUUCAUUUGCUGUAAUAUUUGGAAUUUUGGACAGGGUCUUGCACUUACAAAAAAUUAUUUUCGGGUGAAACGACCAUACGGUAGACAUAAUGUUGAAACAAACGAAGUUCUCGGUGGUUCUGGUUGUGGCAGCUGUUUUAACGGGAGUUAAAGCUCUUGAUUGUAAUGGACAAGCCGAUAUUGUUAUUGCUGUACCUGGCUCAAAACAAAUUGUUCCCCAGGGAGAGUUUAUCCUACUGGAAGAUUUUCUCAUCAAUCUGAUCAAUUAUUACACCAUCUCACCAGUUCAUACCAAUGUUGGACUUGUAUUGUAUGGUUCAGAACCACACGUCAUCAACAGAUUAACAACAGACCAGGAGAAAAGAGACGUCAAUACCAAAGUGUCCAUGUUGGCCCAAAGAGAACUUUAUUAUGACAUGGAUACUGGAUUAAAUGUCGUUAAAGCAAUGGAUGCCAUUAUUGACCUCCACGCAUCCAGCACACGUCCAGCAGCUGCAAAGAUUGGAAUUAUCAUGACCUUUGGUGGUGAAGAUUUAUCUGCAGACAAUGAACAGGAUUUACGAAAUGUCUUUACAGCUGCUGGACAACGAGCUGCUGCAGCUGGUAUUCAUAUGUUCGCAGUAUCAUCCAAUGGAGGAUCACCUGGGUUUGAGUUUCUGGGUAAAGAUAGGUGUAGCUUGUUUAGUUUGGGAUCUUAUACUGGUUUAGGCUCUCUGUUGGAAUAUUUGGCUAGUGCUACAUGUUACGUAACUGAUACCACAGUGACUCCAAUUCCAGGCAAUUGUUUUCCUGAAAUAAAGCCCAAAGUUCCAAUUUCCACCAUGACCUGUCCACCACCAACUUCCGGUUAUUAUGCAGAUAAAAAUAACUGUGCAUACUUCAUCAGAUGUACCCAAAAUGGUCGCAUCAGACAGAGAUGUGCAGGGGGAACCCUUUAUGAUAUGAAUAUUGAAAGAUGUAAUCUUGCGCCAGUUUCAAAGUGUUAUGAAAAGUAAAGAAUCGUCUUUGUGUCAAGAGCUUUGUGAAUUCUAAGCAUUAUUUUGCGUCUUUGUAAUUUAAUCUUUAUGACGUCUAAUUCUUUUGUGUUCAUUUUUGUUGUUUUAUUUUGAUGAAAAUUUUAUGAUUUUAAAAGUCUAAUAAAUAUAUUUUCUUUGAUGUU